AUGGCACCAAAACGAGAUCGGGAGAGCGACGAGUCGGCAGCAAGGGGAGCCAAGAAACCUCGUAAAGAUGAAAGCAUGGAUGACGAUGACGAUGAAGAGAUGCAAGAUGCACCGCCUGAGGACGAAGGCCUCGAUGAGGCGGACGAUAUGCCUACUUUUGGCGCUGCUGGUGGAGAAGCAGUUGGAAUACCUCGUAUUGAACUUGAAGACCUCGAUUACAGAGACCUUCCCUGGGAUCUGAACUAUGACAAUAACGGAUCGGUUCACCCAAACUACAGCGACAAGACCGCCAAACCGACUCAAGCAGUACCUAAAGGACCUAUACCUGUCCCACCCGAGUCCAAGGCUCCACCCGCUCCCAGCAAAGCCGCGCUCGAAAUUGCUUUGGACUCAGAGAAAAGAAGGGAGGAAGCAAAGGGCAUCAAAGCUUUGUUCCAGGCAGUCAAGAGGCUAGAUGGAGGCUGGAUUGGUGUGAAGGGAGAACUCGGAAGCGGUGGCCAGGGCUGUGCUCGACUGUUCGUCAGGUGUGACGAGAACCAAAAAAUCACUGAACGCAUCGUCAUCAAAGAUUCCUGGAGCAAGACAUACUGGGAUAACAAAGAUUGGUGGGAGGAAGGCAGAUACCGUUGCGAUCCUCGGGAAUCAAUCACGCACAGGCUGUUGACCCUUCCGACUCCGAACAAAUGGGAACGACAUCUUGUAGAAUACAUCAGUCAUUCUGUCAACUUCACUUGGCAGACCUGCAGGACUUACAUGGAAUACUGCGAAGGUGGUGAUCUCAACGGUUUGAAGAGGGCACAGAAAAAGAAAUAUCGGCAUGUGUUCAGGCAGUCUGGAGCAGACUCUGGUAGUGAAAAAGGCUCUGGGAGUGAAAAAGAUCCAGCCACGGUCAAGACUUCGGCUUCAGAAGUGGUCCCCGAGCCAUUUGUCUGGUACUACCUGAAGCAGAUGGCUAUUGCUCUCCAUCGCAUGGAGAACAUACCAUUGAAACGGUACAUGGAAAAUUACGUGGUUCAUCAAGACAUCAAGCCGUUGAACAUUUUCAUGACCAAGCCAGACCCUCAAGAGUUUCCGAGAUAUCCAAUCUGCAAGAUUGGUGAUUUUGGCUCUGCACGCAUAACGACUCCAUUUGAUGAAAACAAUCCGGGUUGGGGCGAUGCAGUAACAGAUGGCUUCAUUCCGCCAGAGAUGGAUCGAGGUGUAUCAAUAUGGAAGACGUCUACUGCUACGAACGUCUGGCAGAUUGCACAGUCGAUUGUGGUUCUCAUGAGACUAGAGGACCCAGAAUCUAACGAUUACACGAGUUUAGAUUUGGAUGAAGACGAGUACCUGGACUCACUGGCCGAUUUGGAUAGCUGUUACAGUGAUGCCCUCAGAGACCUGCUCAGGGAUAUGUUACGCGCAGACCCAGAUACACGACCUACUCCAAGGGACAUCAUCAAACAAUUCUACGAUAGCGAGACACAUUGGAAAGAAAUGGCCACGGCACCGUCUUGCAACGAGUUUGACUUGUGGCCACAACGGCUGCACUGGGCGCCGAGUGAAAAGUUGCAGAUCAAUGACUUCUUUGAUGACAUCCCAUCUCUGCCGAAAGAGAAGAAACCAAAGGCUAAGAAAGGAGGUUCGGCGGGGCCAGACUCUUCUGAUGACGAGGAUUCUUCGGGUGACGAUGGUGGAGAUCAGGAUCCAGGGGAUGCAGACGACGAGGCCGCAGAGGAAGAUUACAAUGAUUACGACGACGAUCCGAUGGAGGGCCCAAGCGGAUCAAGUCUUAGUAGUGAGAGUGAAUAUGUACCCUCUCGCCCGAGAUAG